AUGCCUGUUGGCAUGCCUUCUGUUGUACACUGCAUUACUAAAGAUGUUCCCACAAAUUCAAAUGUUGUAGAAAAUUCUUUUAAAUUUGUUGUAACAAACCCAUUGAUGCUCUGCUUUUUUUUCUUCAGCAUGGUAAAGUUUAUAAAUCCUAUUGUAGGUCUUCAUCUUGCUUCCAUCUUUGGGUGGAACUCAGGCAUGUGGGACAGUUUGUGUGCAAUUUAUGAUUUCUGUAUGAUAUUAUGAACUCUGAAUGUUUAUGCCUGGGUGGUGAUAGUUACUGUUUGCAUCAUACUGCUUGUGGCAAGAAAAGAGGGGACUGAAUAGGUAGGUCAUUGAGGACUUUUAGCUGACUAGGCCUUGUCCUAGGCUAGAGGGAACCUUGUGACUGUCAGACCACCAGAAGCCAAAGGAAGCUGAUUGCAGGAGUCAAAGCAGACUCCAUGAUUCAGAAGAGAAGCUUGAGCUGGAGGAGUGAGGUCCAGGAGAGGGGGCCUGGAAGCCUGAAAUGUCAUUUGAUAUACAACAAAGAAUGCUCAAGAGUGCUUCAAGAAACUAAUUGACGCAUACACCAAAAGAUGGCUAGAUCUAGAUCAAGAUCACCAAGGUGGAAACACAGGUCCUUAUCACCUGCAUUUAGGAGCUCAGAACACCAUAGACAAAGACAUGCUCAUAUUAAUUAUGACUGUGAAUAUAAGGGAUUUAGGAAAGACCUGAAGAAACCUAUGUCUUGGAGAGUGGAAGAUGGGAAAUACGGCCAAAGCAAUUAUAGAUUUGCACCACAUGGGAAUCUCUACCACAGAAUUUAUGAACAUAGAUCAUCUUCACCAAAUGUAAAAAGAACUCCUUUAGAGGAUACAUACAGUCAUAAACCCUGUAGAACACAUUCAUCAGAAAGGGGUGAAGGCAACAGGAGAUAUCAAUUUCCAGCCAAAUACUCAGAAGUAUCCUAUAAAGAACAUGAUCAGCCUUUUUACUUACACAAAAUGCAAGAAAGAUAUAUGCCUGAGGACUUCAGAGUCACCGGAGAUGAAAAAGGAAUGAAACCUUUUCAUAGACCGUUAGGGGCUUCAUGUAAAUUUGAAAGAAAAUGGCAUGAAGAUGAAAUGAGGCACCAGAAGUUUCAGGAAGACAAAUAUGGUCAAUCGCUCCGAAGAGCUUCUGAAGAAUUUACAACAAGGAGCUCUUUGCAGAAGAGGUAUCCUGAAGAUCGUGAUUACAGAGAACAUGGGCACACAUCUAAAAGGGCUAAAGAAAUUGAGAGAUAUGACGAUGAAGAAAUAGCAAGAAAUCACAAAUGGAAGCAAGAGCGUUCUUUUCCACCCUACCAAAAAAAGGAGGAGCAAAGAAACGUUGAUCCCCAAGCUCAUCGGUCUGCUGAAAGGGAGUACACAAAGAGUUCUGUUACGAAGAUAGCAUAUGACUAUAAUUACAAACAUCAUAGACACCUAGAUGGGACAAAAUCUUUUUCUGAUUAUAGAGCUCAGAAGUAUGUAAAGCAGGAAGACCAAAAAUACAGUUCUCCUAAGGGUUCUCUGAAUAGCAAAGAGUUAGAUUAUUGUAGUGGUGGAAGAGUAAGACAGACUGAAGAAGGGCAUAAUGAAGUGCCCAUUAAAUACAGUUCAGUGAAGGGCUGCAGUGCAUGUGCCAACUCUUACAAAAAUGAUGUUGAUCUGAGACCCUUUAAUAACACAAAGAAGGAAAGAGUAAGGAAUGAAGGGGAUUUCAGAAAAAAAAUAGAUUCUUCUAAUAGCCAUCAUGACACAAGUCAUACAGUUUCAGAUGUGAAAAUGUCCGAUGUCACUCCUAGGAAGGAGCUGCUCACAAUCAAAGUGGAUAUGAAGAAAAUGAUGAACAAGUACAGGACUGGUUCUAGCCAUACUGUGGAGCGGCAGAUGUCUCAUGAUCUGGUUGCUGUUGGCAGGAAAAAUGAAAAUUUUCAUCCAGUGUUUGAACACAUGGAAUCUGUAACACAAAAUGUGGAGAACAACCCAUCAAAAGAAUUUACUCAGGAAAUCAUAACAAUUAUCCAUCAAGUUAAAGCAAAUUAUUUUACAUCUUCUGACCUAACUCUAAAUGAACGCUUCUCAAAAAUUCAGGAUAAACCAGUUGUAAAUUUAAAUGAAGUUAAAAUAUAUUCAGAUCCAGAAAUUCACAGGAGAAUUGAUAUAUCUUUGGCAGAACUUCAGAAUAAACUAGCUAUGCCAUGUGAAUCUGGACAGACUGUUGUGAGAGUUCUAGAAGAUCCAAAUGAUCUACGGCAUGAUAUAGAGAGGAGGAGAAAAGAGAGGCUGCAGAAUGAAGAUGAGAGAGUGUUUCACAUAGACAGUGUAAUUCAAAGGAAUGAGCACAAUGGUAGCUUGUCAAAAUUACAGAACUCUCAAAUUGAUGGAUUCCAAAAACCUAUAAGAUUCCUAAAACCACCUUUCAGGAAAUUUAUUAGGAAACCUCACAUGAAUAAUUAUUAUGCUGCAAAAACAAAUGACAUCUUUACUCACAGACCAUUUGGAGGACAUCUGGAAAAUCCAAGACCCUUCAGAAGACCCUUUAAGAACAACUUUACAGAUGGUCGAUUGCAACACAGUUAUAAAUCAGGCUUAGUACAGAAGGGUUUAUAUAUUCAGGCUAAGUACCAGUGGCUACGUUCUGCUGGUGUAAGGGGAUUUACCACUUAUAAAUUCAGAGAAGGAUUUUUGAGGAAAGAAAAGGUUUUGAGACAAGAAGAUUACCUCAGUGCAGAUGACUGAUUUCUUUGGGGAUCCACCUGAAGGCCCAGUCUGGACACUAACUCACUAUACCUAGGUGCCAUCCUCUCUUCCACGGCAUCUGGAUGAAACAGACAUUCAGCUUCCGAUGUCUGAGCUUAGAGUUGCACAGAUAAACAAAAGGUUGAAGGUCUGUAAAACUUAAUAGAAAAGGAAGGCAUUUCAGUCCAUGGAAAAAUGCAUCUCCAUCUUGACUCAGACAUGAUGGGCAGAGUGAGAGGGGCUUCAGUGAAGUGAUUAAGAUAUUGGUGCUAAGUGAUAAGGAGGACUUGGAAAAUACACAUGGCUUUUCAUUAUUCACCUCAGAGGAGGGAUAGAGCAUACAAUCCUUACUAAACUUUGCUUUACCUGCUGGAAGAAUCUGCUUUCCCAAGGUCUUUAGAAACAGGACACACAGUUUGCCUCUUGUUUAAACUGCUAUUAGUGCCACCCUUGCCAAGUUGUCUAUAUUUCUUGGUUAAAGAGAAAAUCUUAAAAUUUGUACACCACAGCAAAAAUCUGCAAAAACUUAGUGCCUAGAUAUAUGCACAGAUCUCUUGCCUAUGUCAUGACUUUAUUCCACUGGUGCAGGUUAGGAAGAUACUUGGUGCUUCAGCAUCCCUGCAAAGAAAUGUACCAUAAAUAUAAUUUUAAAAUAGCAACUGCAAGCAACUAUGAAUGCUUACCUACAACCCUCUAACUCUUCAUUAGACUUCCAAGAGUCAGUUAAAUGUUGACCACUGUCCUAUCUCAGUCUUGGCUAACAGAAAAUUUCAGUGAUAAGGAGUUGAUAUAACUACUCUUAUAACAAAGUCCUUGGCCUGUUUCUUGAGUAAAUACUUAGGCAUGUGAUUUAGCACAGCCUUGUGCCUCCCUACUUUCUUCAUAUACUUCCCCCUCUACACACUAUACUAGCUGUUGCUCUGAAUCUUGUCUGAGUCAUUUAAAUCUCAUAGUCUUGAAAUGUUGGUGUAAUAUUCUGUAAAUAAUUUAGUUGCUAAUCUUAUUUUGUGACUGGUUUCUUUUUCUCGUGACUGUUUUUAUUCUAGUUAAUGAGUUUGGUUAAAGGCCCUCCCAGUGAGUUGCUGAUUAAGUAAACAGACCUUGGAACAACAAAAGCUUCUUUCCUUUGUUUAGAUAUUAUCAACAAUUUUCCAUCCAGCAGGGAUGUGGCUAGCUGUACAUUGUUAAGAAAUACAUUUAAAGUAGACCCCAUCUAUACUGCAAUUCCUCUCCAUUAAACCUUUUAAAGUGUUUUUUUAAGUUUAACAUGAUUGUUUCUGUUGGUGUGGAUGAGGAAUAGUAUUUUUUUUUUAAAUCUUCACUAUUAAGAGUAAAACUGUCUAAAGUGUGACUUAGUCUCCCAAUUCACUAUAAUUACUGUUUAAUAGUUUCCUGAUCAACAACCUAUAUAUUGACAUUCAAGUAUGCUUAUGUUUGACUAUGUACAGAUAGAAUGUUCCUACAAACUCUAAAUAGAUGUUGUAACAAAUUUAAUGUUUUAGAAUUGCAAAUUGUUUUAAUGAGUUGUUUUAGCAGAAGGAAUUGAUAUCAUGUGUAGUUAUUGAACUAGUGUCCAGUUUUCCUUAGAAAAAAUUCUGUAGAUUCUUUCUGCAAAAAUGUAGUCCAUAAAAAUAUUUGUGUACUGCAUUGCUUUUUUCACCUCAAGGCUUCAUCCAUUGCUCUUUUGUGAAUAUAAAGCUUUAAUCUAGUUAUAAUUUUGGGUACGUUUCCUUUCUGGUGAAUAGAAUCAAUACUACCCCCUAUUUAAUAUUUCUUGUCUUUAUAGUGCCCAUAAAUGUUCUUGAAUUCUUAGAAUGAUAAUGUUUGUGUAUUAUGAUGAUGGAUACAGUAGAAAACUCUAGGAUAGGUUCUGAAUAUAUCACUUAUUCCAUUCAAGAGAUGUAGUUCCGUAUUCUUUGUGCUGAAAAUCCUAGUUAUUUCUACACCACAUAUGGGGAGGGCGUGCAUUUGCGGUGUGUGUGUACAUUUCCGCUGAAUGUUUAAAAUUGCUGUAACAAACUCAAGCCCAUCUAUGCUAGUUUACACAAGUCACUACAGUUUUUAAAACCUCGAUUUUUAACAAAAUGGAAAGUAGUGUAAUAAGUGACCUUAGAAUCUAGGGAUAGGGCUAAAGGAUAGACUAUUUUCAAUUGCAGUCAGAAAGUCACAACUUUCUAUAUUACUUUUGUCCUCUAUAGCAUCUUUAGACUUAACAGAAUCAUAUCUAAGUUCAGAUUUGCAGCGUUCCAGUUUCUAAAAUGUAAGAAAUCAUCUUGAGAAAAGUGAGUACUCUGCACUCCAGUAGUCUGACAAGGGUGUGUGUGUGUGUGUUUUGUGAUGCCAUCCUUUUAUAUAACACUAAAAUGUAAAAAAGUAACACUGCCCAGAGUUUAGGCUCUGAAAGGCCCUUAAGAGGCAUGUCUAUUCUCUCUCUUGAAACUCAGAAGUCAAAAAUUUAAUGUUUGUCUUUUUCUAACCAGUUGCCAAGAAAGUUCAUUCUUUCUCUAAAAUUGCAAAGAUCCAAAUUAAUAUUUGUGAAUCACAGUCUUUCUAUUUAUGAUCCCCAUUAGACUCUAAUAAUCAUCCUUGAAGGGAUGGAACAGUGAAGCAAAGCUCGGGUCUGGAGUAGACUUUUUUAAUGAUGCAUUUAGUGUAAUAGAGGCAAAUAGAUCGCUUCCAUUCCUCAGGCCCAGUUUUAGAUCUGAAAGUUGUCUGGGAUUUUCAAAAAUGCCUAAGUGACUGAAGAGCACAAGUCACCCUAAAAAUCAACAAGAACAAUUAUGUGCUUUUGAAAAUUGCAUCCUACAUACGGCUGAGUUUUUGUUUCCUGAGAAAAUACAUCAGUCAAAAAAUCAUUUUCAUCUAAAAUACACAAUCCCAUUCCAUACAUCAGGGAAAUUUUGUGCAUUUUAACAAAUACUUUCAUUUUUCUAAGCAAACACUGCAAUUGUGAAGAUUAAUUUUCUUUUCCAAAUACUUUUUCUUUUUUAAACAUAUCCUUAUCUCUAAUUUAUUAUUCAAUAAUAUAUUUAUUAAGUGUAUAUCAUUCCUUUGGCAAAGUAAAGGGCAUAGAAAGCUAUUUUGGGAUAUUAUGAUACCAUCUUGAGGCCUUAACCAUAUCGGGUCCUUCUUGUAAUAGGCACUGCAUGAACAUACAAAUAAUGAUGCUUCCUGCCAGAAAGAGCUUACAUUAUAGAAAAAUGAGGUUUUUUCACUUUCCAUAAUGGGAGUGUAUUAUCUUCAUGCUUUAAUUCUUGGGAAACUGGCUAAUUCAAAUACAGUAAUUAUUUUAGAGUGAUUUUCUUCAAGUUGGACAGAAGCUACUAGAGUGUGCUGUGACAGAAGGCAAGUGGUCUUUUGAUUCAGAGAGCCUAGCUGGGAAUUAUACAUAGGAGUAAGCCAGUUUGUGAAAACUGGAAGAUACUGUGGCAUCUAUCUCCCUGCAAGCCCUGAUCCAUUCCUGUAGAAACUGCUAAAGAAAUGCUCCUCUUUCUACACUACAGCCAGGAUCGAUGCUCUCAUAUUGAUCCACCAGCGGUCGAUUUAGCAGGUUUAGUGAAGACCUGCCAAAUCAACAGCAGAUA